AAGACGUGCCGGGUUUGUCAUUUCGCCGCACCGACCCGGUUUAGCGUACCCGUUCCAACCCCCAAAUCAAAUUCGCAACACUUUCCAAAGAGAUCUGUCGCUUUAAAAUCUUCCCCGAAUUAGAACCCUAGACUAGAUUACACCCAGGACCAUAAAACACAAUUCUGCUUCUCAUUCGUCUCCUCGAUACUCGUAGGUUUUGCGUCUGCCGCUUGUGGUUGGAGUUCUCGGAGCGCUUCCUUGAUUUAGGGGGUAUAUAAGGCACAUCUACCCGUUGAUCAUAGUAUGAGCACUCAGGAACAAAGGGCUCAACCUCACAGGUACACACGGGGAUUUCAGAGGAGGAAGAGGUUAUUAAAUGUUGAUCUCAAUGCUGUGCCAUCAUGGGAGCACCUGGAUCAUGAGGGAACUUCAGCUCCUGUUGUUUCUCAAGAUGUGCCACCCGGUCAAAGAGUUGCUUCUUUGACAUCUGAAACAAUUGAUAUUGAUGGGCUUGAUGAUGAUGAUGAUGUUGUUAUUAUAUCCUCUCCUCGUGCACUUGCUGAAGCUAAAAACAACUCCAUGAGGAAUCGUCGGCAGACUGUUGUGGUUAAUGUGGAUUCUGAGCAUUUGUCUAGGGUCCCUCCUCAUAACACCUACAAGCGCAGAAGAUUUCCUACACAUCAGUCAGUUAUAAACCUUGAAGGAUAUAGCAACUCAAAGGGAGAUAAUGACCCAUUGGUAGCGGUAGCUCCACCUCCACCUCCACCAAAGGAGCCUACAUUCAGUUGUCCAGUUUGCAUGGGUCCAUUAGUCGAGGAGAUGUCAACCAAGUGUGGUCAUAUUUUUUGUAAGGCGUGUAUCAAAGCUUCCAUAGCUGCUCAGGGUAAAUGCCCUACAUGUAGGAGGAAGAUUACCAUGAAAGGCACCAUUAGAGUUUACCUGCCUGCCACAAGCUGAGCUUGGUGGUUAAACACCCCACCCCUGCCCCUCUCCCCUUGUGCUGCGGUAAUAGCGCCUUGGGUAAGCAUACUUAGAUAUAGAGAAACUGGAAAUUUAUGUCUCGACAUCCUAUUAUCUUUUGACAAUGCAACCCUUGCUGCUUUUUAUGCAUGAAAAACUCGCUUUCAGACAAUUUCUUGUAAAUCUUGAAGUGCUCUUUUAGAUGAAUGAACAAAAUCCAGAUUGACAAUGCAACCCUUGCUGCAUUUUAUGCAUGAAAAACUCUCUUUCAGACAAUUUCUUGUAAAUCUUGAAGUGCUCUUUUAGAUGAAUGAACAAAAUCCAGAUUGCGCAAGUACACAUAAAGUUAA